CCAAUUAAACUAAAACGUUCAACUUCACACUCCCCAAGAACGUUUUUUUUGCUUCUUCCUUCUCCAUUUUCUCCUCCAAAGCCUUUCUUCUAUUGAUACUCUUCUCUGCCUCUCUCUCUCUCCGCCACCAAAAGUUCUCUCUUUUCCUUUGUUUUCUCACUAAAAAAGUAGCUUCUUUUGUGCUUUGUCCCACUACUUUACACCUCUCUUACAUGGAGGUUUAAUGGGCGGCAUUUGAUUUUUCCCAUUUUUUCUCUUCGCCUUCUUUUAUUUCUCAGAAGGGCUUCUUUUAUUUCUCAGAAGGGCUUCUUUUAUUUCUCUCAGGGUUUUUCUUUUUCUCAGUAAAACCCUGAGCUUUAUUGAAAAUGAGCCUCAUGGUUUGUUUUGGUUCUUCGUUUUGAUUUGUGGUUGUUGGGGUUUUGAUUUUUUUUUUUCUAUUUUGCUUACGAUUUUCACCCGAUGGAGAGCUCUAAGAAGUUCCUGUUCUGGGUUCACUUGAUGGUGCUUCUCUUUGUGGGCUUGUUUCUCUGCUCUUUGUGUCAGGAAGAUUCAGAUGAGGUCACUACAGCUGUGUACAUUGUUACUCUGAAGCAAGCUCCUUCUGUUCAUCAAUAUGCUCAAGAACUCAUAAGAUUAAACAAUAAGCAUCGUUUCAACAACCAAGAUGGAAAUUCUAGUAGAUUAACUAGAUUUCAAAAACCAAGGAAUGCUUCGAUAUCCCAUCCAAGCACUGUUUCUCAUAUUUCUCGAGUUCAUGAUACAAUAUUAAGGAAGGCAUUGAAGGGGGAGAAGUAUCUGAAGCUGUAUAGCUACCACUACUUGAUUAAUGGUUUUUCAGUGUUUGUUACCCCACAACAGGCAGAGAAGCUUUCAAGGCAGAAAGAAGUGGCAAAUGUCGUUUUGGAUUUUUCUGUUAGAACUGCAACUACACAUACUCCACAGUUCUUGGGUUUGCCACAGGGUGCCUGGGUCCAAGAAGGUGGAUAUGGAACUGCUGGAGAAGGAAUGGUGAUAGGGUUUAUUGAUACGGGUAUUGACCCAACUCAUCCAAGUUUUGCUGAUGAUGUAACUGAGCACCCAUAUCCUGUUCCUUCCCAUUUUUCGGGCAUUUGUGAGGUUACCCAGGAUUUUCCUUCUGGUUCAUGCAAUAGGAAACUUAUUGGCGCCCGUCAUUUUGCGGCCUCUGCUAUAACUAGAGGAAUUUUCAACUCAAGUCAGGACUAUGCUUCACCAUUUGAUGGUGAUGGCCAUGGCACGCACACAGCUUCUGUUGCUGCGGGAAAUCAUGGUAUUCCAGUGGUUGUUGCUGAGCAUCAUUUUGGAAAUGCAAGUGGAAUGGCGCCGCGUUCACAUAUUGCUGUUUACAAGGCAUUGUACAAGAGCUUUGGAGGCUUUGCUGCAGAUGUUGUUGCUGCCAUAGACCAGGCAGCUCAGGAUGGAGUUGACAUUAUAAACUUAUCAAUUACUCCUAACCGGCGUCCUCCUGGCAUUGCGACCUUUUUUAAUCCCAUUGACAUGGCCCUGCUAUCAGCUGUGAAGGCUGGCAUUUUUGUUGUGCAAGCAGCUGGAAAUACAGGACCUUCACCUAAGAGCAUGUCUUCCUUUAGUCCAUGGAUAUUCACUAUUGGUGCUGCCUCUCAUGACAGAGUUUACUCAAACUCAAUAUAUCUCGGCAAUGAUGUUGUUAUUCCUGGAGCUGGACUUGCACCGGGAACCGAUAAAAAUUACACUCUGAUUUCUGCACUUCAUGCUUUGAACAACAACACAACAGUCGUUGAUGAUAUGUAUGUCGGUGAAUGCCAAGAGUCCAGUAGCUUCGACAAGGAUUUGGUCCAAGGAAAACUCUUGAUUUGUGGCUACUCAAUACGGUUUGUGCUUGGGCUUUCUACUGUCAAACAGGCAUUACAAACAGCAAAAAAUCUCAGUGCGGUGGGUAUUGUGUUCUACAUGGAUCCUUUUGUGAUCGGCUUUCAGCUUAAUCCAACUCCAUUGAGAAUGCCUGGCAUCAUAAUUCCGUCCCCAGAUGAUUCCAGGGUUUUACUCCAAUAUUACAAUUCUUCUUUGGAGAGAGAUGGACUUACAAACAAGAUUAUUAGAUUUGGAGCAGUGGCAUGCAUUUCAGGUGGGCUAAAAGCGAACUUCAGUAACUUGGCUCCAAAGGUUAUGUAUUACUCUGCCAGGGGACCAGAUCCAGAAGACACCUUCCUCGAUGAUGCUGACAUAAUGAAACCCAACUUGGUAGCUCCUGGAAAUUUUAUUUGGGCUGCUUGGAGUUCUCUUGGCACUGACUCAGUUGAAUUUCAAGGCGAGAGCUUUGCAAUGAUGUCUGGAACUAGCAUGGCCGCUCCUCAUGUCUCUGGGCUUGCUGCACUAAUUAAGCAAAAGUUCCCUACUUUUAGUCCCUCAGCCAUUGCAUCCGCGCUUUCCACUACAGCAACUUUAUAUGACAAGAGUGGGGGACCAAUAAUGGCUCAGCGGACUUACGCCAAACCCGAUGAAAAUCAGUUGCCAGCAACACCAUUUGACAUGGGAAGUGGGUUUGUAAAUGCAACUGCAUCCCUGGAUCCAGGUCUAAUUUUUUAUUCGGGUUAUGACGACUACAUGUUAUUUCUUUGUGGCAUUAACGGAUCUCAGCCGGUGGUAUUGAAUUACACCGGUCAGAACUGUUGGACGUACAAUUCUACAGUCACCGGUGCAGACUUGAACUUACCAUCCAUUACAAUUGCGAAACUGAAUCAGUCAAGGACAGUGCAAAGAACAGUGACAAAUGUAGCUGGUGAAGAUGAGUACUAUAGUGUUGGUUGGAGUGCUCCAUACGGUGUCUCCGUCAAGGUGUCCCCGACUCGUUUCUUGAUACCAGGCGGUGAGAAACAGGUCUUGAAUGUAUUCUUCAAUGCGAUAAUGAACAGUACAGUGGCAAGCUUUGGAAGGAUUGGACUGUUUGGAAAUAAAGGGCAUGUUGUAAACAUUCCACUGUCAGUGAUAGUUAAAAUGUUAUAGAUUAACACUGAUAGGCGAGCAUUUAGGAACAAUAAAACUAUAUAUACUCAUUUUUGAGUAUUCAAUUAGGUAUAUAGAUAAUAUGUCAUUAUGUGAUUGAGUGAUUUUGAAUUAAAGAUAAGAAAACACUCAAUCGCAUAAUGAUAUAUCAUUCGAAUACUCAAAAUAUACUUAAAUUGGGUGUAUGUAGUAUUACUCAUUUUGGGAUGUGUUUUUGUUUGGGUGGUGUGUCAUAAUUUUGUUUUUGUCAACCGAUUAAUUCAUUCAUUAUUGUGUACAUGCUAAUGGAGUGGAUUGUAACGUAUUGAAAUGUGAGUGUCAUAAUCAAUAAUUUUUCUGUUUUUGCUUUGA